CGCCGGGCCUCGCCCGGAGAACCUUUUCUUAAGCGGGGCCGCCUUCAAGGUUCAAAGCAGCCCCACCCCCGUCGGGUCGGCUAGCGAUGUUUUUCCUUCGGUCCCUCCUUCCGUGCAAUCAGUUAAACUGGGUGGGGAAAGAUGAAGCAAUAGAUCCGCCACGACGGCUCAUUGAAAGUCGCCGGGGUCCUGGCAAGUUGGUUUACUUGAUGUAUGAAUCAAAUGUGUGUAAAACCGCAUCUCAGGUGUCAGGGAGGGUCUGGAAUAUUUUUAUUAAUAUAAUAUCUGUUGUCAUUUGCUCAUUAAGUGCCCCCUCCAAUUUUCACUGCUUUUCAAGGAACCCUUAAUUCCCACCCACCCCCCUCUGUUGAGCUCGGCUCUUUUGCGGGGAGAGCCCAGAUGGUUCUCCCAGCCUUUCCCCAUGAUGUUGGGAGGGAAAGGGUCUGAAGUUCCACCCCAGUUGUGCGAGCAUGAGGAGGGGUGGCUGUGCUCCCCUUGGCCACCAGUCACCAUGUCUCUUCCUCAGGGCCCCCACCAGCCUGGACAGCCUGGCUUUAAAUUCACAGUGGCUGAAUCCUGUGACAGGAUUAAGGACGAGUUCCAGUUUCUGCAGGCGCAGUACCACAGUCUGAAAGUGGAGUAUGAUAAGCUUGCAAAUGAAAAGACGGAAAUGCAGCGCCACUAUGUCAUGUACUAUGAAAUGUCUUACGGGUUGAACAUUGAAAUGCACAAGCAGACAGAGAUUGCCAAGAGACUGAACACGAUUCUCGCCCAGAUCAUGCCUUUUCUAUCACAAGAGCACCAGCAGCAAGUGGCUCAGGCAGUUGAGCGGGCCAAGCAGGUGACCAUGACGGAGCUGAAUGCCAUCAUUGGGCAGCAGCAGCUCCAGGCCCAGCACCUCUCCCACGCCUCUCACGGGCCCCAAGUACAGCUGCCGCCUCACCAGUCAGGCCUGCCGCCCCCAGGGAUCCCCCCUGUCACAGGGAGCAGUUCGGGGCUCUUGGCCCUUGGGGCCCUCAGCAGCCAAGCACACUUGGCUGUGAAAGACGAGAAGCAUCAGCACGACCUGGACCCUCGAGACCGUGACUCUAGUGCGAACACCUCCAUCUCCCUAUCGGAGGGUCUGCGUGCUAGCGAGAAGCACAGGGGCUGCUCAGACUAUGGUGGCAUUGAGCCCAAGAAGCGGAAGAUGGAGGAGAAGGAGGGCUUGAGCCGCUACGAUAGUGAUGGCGACAAGAGUGAUGACCUGGUGGUUGAUGUCUCCAAUGAGGAUCCAGCAACCCCCCGGGUGAGCCCUGCCCACUUGCCUCCGGAGAAUGGGCUGGAUAAGGCCUGUGGACUGAAGAAGGAUUCCCCAAACAGCCCGGCCUCUGUUGCCUCUUCCAGCAGCACCCCCUCUUCCAAGACUAAAGACCACAAUGAUAAAUCUUCUAUGCCUGGUUUAAAGUCCAACACUCCCACGCCAAGGAGUGAUAUACCAAUGCCUGGGACAAGCAGCACUCCGGGCCUCCGACCAGCGCCACGGAAGUCCCCUGGAAUGGAUCCCUUGGCAUCUGCCUUAAGGACUCCCAUCUCCCUCGCUAGCUCUUAUCCGGCCCCCUUUGCCAUGAUGGGGCAUCACGAGAUGAAUGGCUCCCUUGCCACCCCUGGGGCCUAUGCAGGAUUGCACAACAUCCCCCCUCAAAUGACAGCUGCCGCCGUAGCCUACGGGCGGUCACCCAUGGUGAGCUUUGGAGCUGUUGGAUUUGACCCCCAUCCACCAAUGAGGACUCCUGUCCUGCCCUCCAUUCCUGGUGGCAAACCGGCUUACUCAUUUCACAUCAGCACAGAUGGGCAGAUGCAGCCAGUUCCGUUUCCUCAUGAUGCCCUUGCUGGCCCUGGCAUCCCCCGCCACGCCCGUCAGAUCAAUACCCUGAGCCAUGGUGAAGUGGUGUGUGCCGUGACUAUCAGCAACCCAACCAGGCAUGUGUACACAGGGGGAAAGGGCUGUGUGAAGAUUUGGGAUAUCAGCCAGCCGGGCACCAAGAACCCCAUCUCCCAGCUAGAUUGCUUGAACAGGGAUAACUACAUCCGUUCCUGCAAACUCCUUCCAGAUGGGCGCACACUUAUUGUGGGGGGAGAGGCCAGCACCCUCACCAUUUGGGAUCUGGCUUCCCCUACCCCCAGAAUCAAGGCAGAACUGACCUCCUCUGCCCCUGCCUGCUAUGCCUUGGCCAUCAGCCCAGAUGCCAAAGUGUGCUUCUCCUGCUGCAGUGAUGGAAACAUUGCCGUCUGGGAUCUCCACAACCAGACAUUGGUUAGGCAGUUCCAGGGUCACACGGAUGGCGCCAGCUGCAUUGACAUCUCCCAUGACGGCACUAAACUCUGGACGGGGGGCUUGGACAACACUGUGCGCUCCUGGGACCUUCGGGAAGGCAGGCAGCUACAGCAACAUGACUUCACCUCCCAGAUCUUCUCGCUCGGCUACUGCCCAACAGGCGAGUGGCUUGCAGUGGGAUUGGAGAGCAGCAAUGUGGAAGUGCUGCAUCACACCAAACCUGACAAAUAUCAGCUUCACCUGCACGAAAGCUGUGUCCUCUCCCUGAAGUUUGCCUAUUGUGGAAAGUGGUUUGUGAGCACUGGUAAAGACAAUCUUCUCAAUGCCUGGAGGACCCCGUAUGGAGCCAGCAUCUUCCAGUCAAAAGAAUCUUCUUCCGUUUUAAGCUGUGAUAUUUCAGCAGAUGACAAAUACAUUGUCACAGGUUCGGGUGACAAGAAGGCCACAGUUUACGAAGUAAUCUACUGAGUAGCUAUGACUUGGCUAAUGACUCUGGCAGAAGAACACAAAAGGAGAGCAGCUGAAGGGUCCUUCGAUGCCCCCUGGAGGGCUUUAUGACCUGGGUGGAUCUUCUGUGACGACCUUGGAAUAACUCUGGAAGGAACUUUGAAGCUCAGUCCAGCUGAUCAGGGCAACGCCUUGGUCCAUGCUGGUUUGUGUUUUUCUCUUGGUUCUUAGGCCUCACACCUGUGAUCAGAAGGCAGCUAACACCCUGGAUUUGCAUUCAGGAGGGGCCCAGGGGUCUCCUUUCCCCAUCAGACUUGUAGGAACUGUAGAUAACAGAGGAGCUUCACGCUGAGGCUUCCUUGGUCUGUUAGCCAGCAGCAUGUUGUUGCCCUCUUUGUUUUUUACUGCUGCUGCCGCCGCUGCUGCUUCCUUGGUCUGCUCUCGCUGUGAACUGCUUCAGUUUUGCUUCCAUUCCGGUGGUAGCCACCAUCAUUUCCUCCCAACCCUGCCCUCCCCUCCCAUUGAAAAUGUGCUUGGAGAUAUUCUUACCAGCCUUGUCACCAGCCUAAGCAAAGGUUUUCUCUCUUGGAUGUGUGAACUGGUUCUUCUGGCGUUGAGUCUUCUCUGGGCCGGGUUUGAGCCUCCGGCUGGACCCUUCUCUCCUGAUUCUGAUGGCAGUGGAGAAGUCGCUGUUUUCAAAGCACUUGUCAGUCGGGGCAACAGGAUGCCUUGCCCAUCCCAGCCUUCAUACCCAAACACUGAGAGGACGCAACAGUUAACUAAUAUGCUCAGGGAGCCAAGAAAACAAGAAUAGCGACUUGUGGUUGGAUUUUUUUUUUACUCCAAUGAAAGUAAAGUAAUAGAUAAUAAUGUUUAAAUGCAGGUUGUUUUUUAAGUUUACUAAUGAAGAUGGAGAGUGGGAUUUCUGUGGCUUUUGGCAAUCCGUAUUUCAGCCUGUUGGCAUGAGCAAAAGGUGUAUGUGGGGAAGGAAGCAGGGAGGGAGACCCGUUUCUGGCAUUUUUGUACUAAAGGAGUAAAUAAAAUUAAACACAGGAAAUUACGUAUUUGUGUAGCAGAAGAUCUUGCCUUGUAAUGCAUAUGUAAUGCAUAUGAAAAAGAAUUUUUAUACCACAUUUUAUGGAUUAUUUUUUAAUUGUUGAUUUUGAUCUGGUUUUUAAAAAGGUAACUAUAGCUUAAUGGUGAAAAAACUACCUGUUUCUAUUAAAGGCCAUGCUGAUACACAAAGGAA